ACUAUUAAAGUUUUUAUUAAAUAAUGUAAUAAAAUAAAACGAAUCCGCGAAAUUGCAAAUUGUUUUGUACUUAUUUUUGAGAGGAAGAAUAUAUUUCGCUACUAUUUUGUUGCAUCGCUCCGUUUGCACCGAAACAAAUUGAAUACAUUAUAUAUACAUUAUAUACACGUUGAGAUAACAGACGGGAGUCAUCAAUUUAAUGAGCUAUAAUUCGCUUGAACGCGAUGGAAAUUGGUAUAAGUAGCGAGACAGAACCGAGUUGUCAAUCGCAAAACCCAUGAAACUAUUCUCGCGUUUAAGGUAACUAUAUAAUAAAGUUUAUAAACAUGAUAAUCGAGAUUGAAAGAAGAAUUAUUAUGGAAAAAUCGUCUCGAUAGUGUUGCGUAAUACGAGGAUUGCAUUCUAUGUCGAGACGAGACAAGAUUGCUCAAACGCCUGCUGAUACUUAUCACAGAGUAGCAUCUUAUGCAGUAUUGAAAAUAGUGAUACAAAAGUAUAUCACAGUGAGUUAUACUUAAAGAAAGUUAAAAAAAAAUAUAGGAAAAUUUUAAUCUGGAAAUGGAAAAGAAUUUGAUUAAAGAAGCAUCUAUAUGCAAUGGGAAUGUAAUUACUAAUGGAUUUCAUAAGGAUGAUUCAUCAAGUGACAACGAGCCAGAAGAAGCACUAAUAUCAGAUACUCUUGUGUUUUAUGUGAAUGGAAAACAAGUAUCAGACAAAAACAUAGAGCCACAAUGGACACUCUUAUGGUAUCUUCGCAACAAACUUGGAUUAACUGGCACAAAACUUGGCUGCGCAGAAGGAGGCUGUGGAGCCUGUACAGUUAUGAUUUCAAGAUUUAAUCGUGUCACUGGAAAAAUUAUUCAUUUAGCUGUUAACGCAUGCUUGACACCGAUAUGUGCUGUGCAUGGUCUAGCUGUAACUACUGUAGAAGGAAUUGGAAGCACGAAAACAAAGUUGCAUCCAGUACAAGAGCGUAUCGCCAAAGCACAUGGAUCACAAUGUGGAUUUUGCACACCUGGUAUAGUCAUGUCUAUGUACGCUCUGUUACGCAGCAUACCAAAACCAACUAUGGAAAAUCUAGAAAUUGCAUUUCAAGGUAAUCUGUGUAGAUGUACAGGAUAUAGACCGAUUAUAGAGGGAUUUAAGACUUUUACAGAGGAAUGGGAACAAUCGCAAUUAAUGGCUAAUGUACGAGAAGAAAAAAUAAAUGAUACAAGAGCUUGUUCAAUGGGCGACGCUUGCUGCAAAAAGGCUUUUACUUCAGAGCCAACCGAGGUUUUCAAUUCUAAAGAAUUCUGCCCAUAUAAUCCUACUCAAGAACCAAUAUUUCCACCAAAAUUAAAAAUUGAAUCUAAAUUAGAUGAGCAAUAUCUGAUAGUGAGAGGAAAAAACGUUAGUUGGUACAGACCAAUAAAUUUCAAGACGCUGCUUGCCCUCAAAGAACAGUAUCCAAAUGCCAAAAUUGUCAUUGGCAACACAGAAAUCGGAGUCGAGGUAAAGUUUAAACAUCUAGUAUAUCCAGUACUUAUACAACCGACACAGAUAAGGGAGAUAUGUGAAAUUAUCGAAACGCAAGAGGCAUUGAAAGUGGGUGCAGGUGUGACUUUGGCUGAGCUUGAAGAAACAUUAAAAUAUUAUAUUAAGACAAAACCUGAACACAAGACGAGGAUCUUUACAGAAAUAAUAAAUAUGUUACAUUGGUUUGCCGGAAAACAGAUAAGAAACGUUGCCGCCGUAGGUGGCAACAUAAUGACAGGUAGUCCAAUAUCAGAUUUAAAUCCGAUCUUUAUGGCGGCAAACAUUAAAUUAAAUUUAUGCAGUUUAAAGCAUGGAAGUAGAACGAUACCGAUGGAUCAUACCUUCUUUGUUGGAUAUCGACGUAACGUUGUUUUACCCGAGGAAGUACUAGUCUCCAUCGAUAUUCCCUUCACAAAAGAGAAUCAAUAUUUUAUUGCUUACAAACAAGCAAAAAGACGGGAUGAUGAUAUUGCUAUAGUCAAUAUGGCUUUGAAUGUACAUUUCGCUCCUGAUAAAAAUAUAGUUCAAGAAGCGCAUAUCGCGUUUGGUGGAAUGGCACCUACAACCAUUUUAGCAAAACAGACAUGCCAGAAGAUAAUUGGAAAAACAUGGAAUAAACCAAUCUUAGAGGAGGUGUACGAUUCCCUACUCGAAGAACUACCGUUAGCCGAUGAUGCACCGGGAGGAAUGAUUAAAUAUCGUCGAUCUCUCACUCUCAGUUUAUUCUUUAAAGGAUUUGUGCACAUCUCUAAGAAGUUAUCGAACAAUAUUUCGACUAUAGAACGCUUGCCAAAAGAAUUAGAAAGCGCAUCAGAAUGCUUCCAUUACAAAACGCCAAAAAGCUCACAAUAUUACCAAGUGGUACCCAAAGAUCAGGAAUCGUAUGAUUUAAUAGGACGCCCUAUUGUGCACGCUAGCGCAUUCAAGCAAGCAACGGGAGAAGCGAUAUAUUGUGAUGACAUGCCCAAAUAUGCAGAGGAAUUAUAUUUAGCAUUAGUUCUCUCCACUAGAGCACAUGCAAAAAUUUUAAGAAUUGAUCCUACCAAGGCACUAUCCAUGGAAGGAGUUGUAUCAUUUUUCUCCUCAAAAGAUAUAGCGGAAGAAAGAAGAUGGUUGGGUCCUGUAUUUCAUGAUGAAGAAGUAUUUGUAUCAGAAAAAGUUACGAGCCAAGGUCAGAUAAUUGGUGCAGUUGUUGCUACAGAUCAAAAUAUUGCUCAGGCCGCGGCAAGAAUGGUUGAAGUAGAAUAUGAAAAUAUAGAACCUAUUAUCAUAUCUAUCGAGGAUGCUAUCGAGCACGAAUCGUUCUUCCCUGGCUUUCCCAAGUGCAUCAUUAAAGGCGAUGCGGAGAGAGCUUUCGAAGAAGCAGAUCAUAUUUUAGAAGGAGAAGUACGCAUAGGCGGCCAAGAGCAUUUUUAUUUGGAAACGAACGCUGCUAUUGCCGUACCUCGCGAAGAAGAUGAAUUGGAAGUGUUCUGUUCCACGCAGCAUCCCACUGAGAUACAAAAAUUAAUCGCUCACGUUUUAAAUAUACACAUCAACAGAGUUAACGUACGCGUGAAGCGUAUAGGCGGCGGAUUCGGCGGGAAAGAAUCUCGCCCAACAUUACUCACGAUACCAGUCGCAUUUGCAGCACAUAGGUUGCAGAAACCAGUUCGUUGCAUGCUAGACAGAGAUGAAGACAUGAUGAUAAGUGGAACUCGGCACCCAUUUUUAUUUAAAUAUAAAGUUGGAUUUAACAAUGCCGGUCUCAUUAAAGUGGCGAAAGUACACAUAUAUAAUAAUGCGGGCUAUUCUCACGAUUUAUCAAUUGCGGUGUUAGAACGUGCCAUGUUCCAUUUCGAAAAUUCGUACAGAAUUCCGGUGUCAGAAGUAUACGGAUAUGUAUGUAAGACAAAUUUACCGUCAAAUACAGCUUUCCGUGGUUUUGGUGGACCGCAAGGAAUGUUUCUCACUGAAAAUAUCAUUCGACAAAUCGCUGAUUAUUUGGGACUGGAUGUCGUCAAGUUAUCCGAAUUAAAUUUAUACAAAGAAGGUGAUUUAACGCAUUACAAUCAACAACUUGUCAAUUGUACUUUGGACCGCUGCUGGCGCGAAUGUCUAGCAUCUUCUCUUUAUAAUGAAAGAAUGGUCGAGGUUCAACGUUAUAACAGGGAGAAUCGAUUUAAAAAGAAAGGUCUCGCAAUUGUACCUACAAAAUUCGGCAUAGCGUUUACUAUUUUAACUCUGAAUCAAGCGGGUGCACUGGUGCACAUUUAUAUCGAUGGCUCAGUGUUAAUAAGUCACAGCGGGAUUGAGAUGGGACAAGGUCUACAUACAAAAAUGAUUCAAGUUGCUAGCAGAGUAUUAAAAAUAAAUCCAGACAAGAUACAUAUUGUUGAAACAGCUACUGAUAAAGUCCCUAAUACAUCUCCUACUGCGGCAAGCGCUGGAUCCGAUCUCAAUGGCAUGGCUGUUAUGAAUGCUUGCGAGGAAAUCAUGAAACGAUUACAACCGAUAAUAGAUAGCGAUCCAGAAGGUACUUGGGAAGAUCGGAUAAAGACGGCAUACCGCCACAGGAUAAGCCUGUCUGCUGCCGGUUUUUAUCGAACGCCCAAUAUCGGGUAUUCUUUCGAUACUAAUUCGGGAAAUCCAUUUAAUUAUUUUACAUAUGGCGUCGCUUGUACGGAAGUUGAAAUUGAUUGUCUCACUGGCGAUCAUGAGGUUUUACGAACAGAUAUUGUCAUGGAUUUGGGAGAGAGUUUAAAUCCAGCCAUUGACAUAGGACAAGUCGAAGGUGGCUUUGUUCAAGGAUAUGGUUUAUUCACAUUAGAGGAAAUGAUUUAUUCUCCAAUGGGAACUUUAUUCAGUAAAGGACCUGGCGCGUACAAGUUGCCAGGUUUUACCAAUAUACCACAGGAAUUUAAUGUUUCCUUGUUAAAAGGAACUUCCAAUCCAAGAGCAAUAUACUCGUCUAAGGCCGUUGGAGAACCACCGCUAUUUUUGGCAUCAUCUGCAUUCUUCGCUAUUAAAGAAGCAAUUAAGGUUGCACGUGAAGAUAUGAAUAUUCAUGGCUAUUUUAGACUUGAUGCUCCUGCGACUGCCGCACAUAUACGUAAUGCGUGUAUAGAUAAUUUGACAAUGAAGAUUACAGAACCUGAUUUAAAGCGACAGUGGAAUAUGGUGCCAUGAUUUGUGAAAUUCUCAAAAUAACGCCUUCAUAAUAUUUUUCUAAUUAUUUUUAUAUCAGAAUUAUGAAAAUAGCAAUUGAAUAAUAUAGAAGUAUGACUAUAUAGGGAAAA